AGUGAUGUUAAACAUCUUUUUACGUGCCUGUUGGCCAUCUGCAUGUCUUCUUUGGCAAAAUGUCUGUUACUAUGAGCUGGAAUUUAAAGGGUUGGGUGGGAAGGGACUCUGGGCAGAAGGUUCAGAGUAUGGAAAGGGAAAGAGAGAGAAGAUUUGGUAAGACAUUUGGGGGAGGGCAGAUCACUCACACAUCCUACAGAGCCCCAUCAUAAAUAUGAAUACACAAAUGUGUGCAGGUGCACACACUUACAUCCCCCCUGAGCAGGUUCCCAGCACAAGAGCCAACAUUGGCCACUUCUCAAUUUGCAGAAUUGAAACAGGCUUGGACAAGAGGCUUGCUUCGUCAGGGAAGGCUGCCGAACUUAAUACCUUCCCUCUAGAAGCUCAGCACACCCAUCUGGCAUCUUUUACACUCAGGCCCAGGACAGGAUCUAGUCCCAGUGCCUGUCCACACAGCUUCCACAGUCCCAUCGGAAUGAGCUUUAUUGGCCAAAUAAUGGGAGGCUGGGAGCCUGUCUGGGGCUCUCCCAGGCCCAGCCAAGAUGGAGGGCUUCUCAGCGGAGGGUACAGCUGGAGAUGGAUCCAGAAAGACCCCUGGAGCCGGGAGCUUUGGGAGUGGUCUUGGAGGCCCCAGGUCAGCACCUGGUCCAAGCCUAGGCUGAAGUCAGGGGCGGGCUGUGAUCACAGCUCUCCGGCCUGGCUCUGCCCUGGCAUCCCUCGCCGCAGCCCUGACGGCUCUCUCUCCCAUUCAGUCUGGGUUCUAGGGAGACAUCUCAGCAGCGUCAACAUGUCCCGGCCCAGCAGCAGAGCCAUUUACCUGCACCGGAAGGAGUACUUACAGAGCCUCGCCUCGGAGCCCGCCUAUCUGCAGCACAGGGUGGAGCACCUGAUGACAUGUAAGCUGGGGACUCAGAGAGUCCAGGAACCCAAGGAUGCCCUGCAGAAGCUGCAAGAGUUGGAUGCUCAGGGCCGGGUGUGGAGUCAGGACUUGCUUCUGCAGGUCAGGGAUGGCUGGCUUCAGCUGCUGGACAUCGAGACAAAGGAGGACCUGGAGUCUUACCGCCUGGAUAGCAUCCAGGUCAUGGACGUGGCGCUCAACACCUGCUCCUACAACUCUGUCCUGUCCAUCACCGUGAAGGAUUCAGGCCUACGAGGCACCAGCACUCUGCUCUUCCAGUGCCAGGAAGUGGGGGCAGAGCGACUGCAGACCAGCCUGCAGAAGGCUCUGGAGGAGGAACUAGAGCAAAGCAGACCACGAUUUGGAGCCCUUCGCCCAGGCCAGGACAGAUGGAGAGGGCCUCCUCUGGAAAGGCCACUCCCUAAGGAGCAGGUACCCACUCCAGAGCAGGCGCCCCUUCCGGAAUGGCCCUAUUGGAUGACCCCAGAGCAUAGCAUCCCCCCAUCCCCAAAGCCCCUGCCACACCGCUCCAGCGGCAGAGAGCUCAGCGCCUUCACUCUGCCUCCUCCGAAGCGGUCCUCAUCCCCCGAGGACCCAGAAUCGGAUAAGGAGGUGCUGGACCAUCUCCUAAGGGAUAUCGAGCUGUUUGUGGGAAAGCUGAAGGAGGCCCAGUCAAAGACCAGUCGUAAGAAGAAGAGACUGGGGAGAAAAAAGAAGAAGAAUCAGGCAGGGAUAACAGAGGCACAUUACAUCGACUGCUUCCAGAAGAUCAAGUACAGCUUCAACCUCCUGGGGAAUCUGGCCAUCAGACUGCAGGAGACAAGUGCCCCUGAGUUCGUGCACAUCCUCUUCCAAAUUCUGAAUUCCAUCCUGGCCCAGUGCCCUGAACCUAACUUAGCAACCCAAGUGAUCUCGCCGCUCCUCACCACCAAAGCCAUUGACCUGCUGCAGUCCUGUCUAAGCCCACCUGAGAGGAACCUCUGGGAGGGGCUGGGAGUGGCCUGGACCACCAGCCGGGCCAACUGGACAGGCAGUGAGCCCCUGCCCUACAAACCCACAUUCUAUGAUGGUUGGCAGCUUCCAGAACCUUCCUACCAGGCACACUCGAGAUACCAGGACCCUGAUUCCCUCCGCCCUAGGUUAGGGAGCACCUCACACUUUGCUCAAGAGGAGACAAACAACCAUGGCCCCGACCUUGUGCCAUCCAGACCUGGAUCUGUCAAGCCAACCCUGAAAAUGCAGGUCCUAUAUGAGUUUGAAGCUAGGAACCCACAGGAAUUGACUGUGGUCCAGGGAGAGGUGCUUGAGAUUCUGGACCAGAGCAAGCGGUGGUGGCUGGUGAAGAAUGAGAUGGGGCAGAGUGGCUACAUCCCCAGCAAUAUCCUGGAGCCCCUACAAUCGGGGACCCCCAGGAGCCAGAGCGAGUCACCCCUUCAGGCUCCAGUGCUUCGACCUAACUCAAGGCCUGAGGAGGUCACUGCCUGGCUGCAAGCAGAGAACUUCUCUACUGUCACGGUGAAGACCCUCGGGUCCCUGAUGGGGAGCCAGCUGCUUCACAUGAGACCCGGGGAGCUACAGAUGCUGUGUCCACAGGAGGCCCCACGGGUCCUGGCACGGUUGGAGGCUGUCAGAAGGACGCUGGGGAUGAGCCCUUAGGCACCACCUCAGGCACCUCAAAGACCAAGGCUCUCUCACAAGCAAGAUGGUGGAUCUGAUACUCUUUAGAGCUCUACGAAUUCCUCUUUCAGGUCCCCAGGUUGCAGUAAACCCCAUACUCCAGCUCAUACAGCAAAGAGGAUGAGAGCCUAGAGGCUGAGACAAAUGGUGCCCCUUCUCACUGUUGAGAGCUCUCUCCAGUUACCACCUAUUUAUUGCAUCUUUUUUCUGAGCCUGGAGCACUUAUGCCUAGAUUUGUCAGGAUUCUGUUUAGUCCCUUUCCUCCCCAAUAAAAGUAUCUUCAAGUUUGUCGUGUGCUUCUCUUGCAGCCUCUUCUGGCCCUAAUGGAGGCCAGAGGCAGGGAGUCGGGAGGAGCUGGGACAUUGGGCAUGAAGAGCAGCAGUCCUACAUCCACCACUGGGCCAGAAUGUUUGAAUGUGAGUGGGAAUUCACUGGAGCUGAGAGUCAGAAUCUGAGAAUUAUGGC